UAAGUUUCUAUUCUUUGGGGGACGUGGAGAUGGUUGAAAUUGACUCGAGUAUAGGAAUUAGUCAUUCUUUUAGUCAAUUCUCAACGCACAAUAAUUUCAGCCAAAUCUUCAAAGGUAUUCAAGCCAACGCGCUAAUUUUAACUUUACUUCCCUUUCAUUCAAACCUUUGGCGCCCUAACGCCGAAAUUGACUCCAAAAAAAAAAUGUCCAUGCAUACAUACAGUAGUACCCUUGUACAGUACACAUCUGCUGACGUUGCUUUUCAACAGCUGAAACACAAUCCAUGACAGCUAGCCGCAUCUCCAAUCCAAUCUUCCUGAGGCAGAAGAAGAGCCAAUCUAGAGCUUAAGGUUUUCAGUCGUUGCAUCGCUUCAUUUAAGGUUCGAUUUAGUAUUUGCUGACGCCAUGGGAGGCACUCAAAGUGUGGAAGUUCCCGGCGGUGGCACCGAAGGCUAUCACGUCCUGAGAGUGCAAGAUAAUUCACCCGGCUCCAAGGCUGGCUUAGAGGCCUUUUUUGACUUCAUCGUGGCCAUAGGAGACACACGACUCGACCAGGACAAUGAUACACUCAAGGAUUUAUUGAAAGCCAAUAUUGAGAAAGACAUUACCAUGACUGUAUACAGCAGCAAGACACAGCAGGUUCGGGAGGUUUAUAUAACGCCCUCGACUUUGUGGGGUGGCCAGGGAUUGCUAGGGAUUAGCAUUCGAUUUUGCUCCUUUGAAGGGGCUAAUGAGAAUGUGUGGCACAUUCUGGACGUGCAAUCGAAUAGUCCGGCGGAGGCUGCGGGAUUGAGAGGGUUCACCGACUUUAUUAUCGGGGCCGAUUCAGUAAUGCACGAGUCGGAGGACCUUUUCACGUUGGUGGAAUCCCAUGAAGGACGACCACUAAAGCUGUAUGUCUACAAUACAGAAACGGAUCAUUGCCGAGAGGUCAAUAUUACUCCCAAUGGAGCUUGGGGAGGAGAAGGUAGCAUCGGCUGUGGGAUUGGUUAUGGAUAUCUGCACCGAAUCCCAUUGGAGAACCUCCCUCCACCCUCACAAUCAGUACCCCAGCAAAAGAAGCCCGAAGGAAGCGUGAGCGCCCAUCCUCCCCCUCAAGCUACUAAUCCAGAUCAGAUGGGGGCCAAGCCCACCACUUCGUCGACAAUAUCUGUGGUUCCCAUGUUACCUGCCAUGGUCACGUCUCCCGUGGUAGGGACAAUGCCUCCACCCCCAAUGGCGGCGUCUGCCUCGUCUACUCCCAUUUCAUCUACCUUGGGGACAACAUCACAACAGGCACCCCCACCUUGGUCCCCUUCAGCUAGUAGUCCCAUUCCACACGCUCCACCCUCGAGCCAAGUUACAUCGGCUGCCAACUCGGAAAUGGGCGGGCCAACGGUGGCUGAAUCCGCAGUUCCCUUGUUUGGAACGGCCAAUGUCCCGACGAGCCACAAUGCAUCGGCUCAGCAGUACUUUGGUGCUCCCAGUCCCGCCCAACAAAGCAUGCCUAGCUUUCCACAUUUUCAGGAAGGAAUACCCGGAAUGCCCAUGAUGCCACCAUUGAAUAUGCCCGUGCCGGAUCCAGCCAUUCUGGCUGGAAUGCCGCCCCCGCCCACAAACCCGAUCCCCAAUUUUUCCAAUUUGAGCAUUCCUAGCGGUAUGCCGCCUGCAUCGGUCCCCAUGUCAACCCCAAGUGCUUAUGCUGGACAACAAGCUAAUGCUUGAUAAUGUUAACGGAAACGAAAAUUGUCCUGAUUUCUUUGUUUUCGUAUCUCUUUUGUAAAGCAAUCCACAUUUUGUUCCUUCCUUCUGAUUUUCAACCACGAAUUGGGAUCACCCAUCCGAUCUUUUGAACAUUACCAAGUUAAGUUCUGAUCAGUUUUACCAAGUUAUGUAUCAUCUUAAGUUAAAACAAUGCCCAACAGGAAGAUGAAGUGUGUAUCGAUUAUUUUCUUCUAAAUCUAUCGAUAUUUCCAGUUUUUUAAUUAUAUCCCAUCAAACUUG